UGUCUGGGAUGGCAGGCGGCGGUUGCCAGGCUGAGGGCGUUCAAGCCGCCUCCUUUUCCGUUGUGGGAUCGGUUGCCUGUCAGUAGACGGGCGGCGGUGUUGUUGCUGUUGUAUGCGGACCGGAAGGGGGAUUUGAGGGUGGUGAUAACGAUGAGGGCGGCGACGUUGAGGAGUUUUUCUGGUCAUGCAGCAUUGCCAGGUGGGAAGGCGGACACCAUCCACGAGACACCCUACCAAAUCGCCCGCCGCGAAGCCUACGAGGAAAUCGGCCUCCCCCUCGACAACACCCACCUCCCCCCACCCUUCACAAUCGAACACCUCUGCUACCUCCCCGCCAAUCUCGCCCGCACCGAGCUCGUCGUCCGCCCCGUCGUCGCCCUCCUGCACACCUCCCCCCCUUCCUCCACCGCCACCUCCCCCCAGUCAAACCCCGUCUCCCCGCAGCCCAACCCAACAAUCACCGCUGAAGACUCCCUAAUCCCGCGACUCGACGCCAAAGAAGUCGCCGCCGUGUUCUCCGCCCCGUUUCACAACUUCCUCAGGUCAACCGAUGAACCUGGUCACGAAAAGGUAGAAGGGGAGUGGUAUAAUGGCUCCUGGACGGAAUGGCACGAGGAGCCCUGGCGGAUGCACUUUUUUUAUGUCCCGGUCACUAACCAGAGGGUUACUAAACCUAAAAUUCGUGAGGGGGGUUUGGCAUCACUGGCUGAAGAUCACAGCCCUGAUGAGGAGCCAGUGGAAGAGGAAAAGCGGUACAAAGUCUGGGGGAUGACCGCUCGGAUUCUGGUGGAUGCGGCCACGAUUGCGUAUGGGGAGAAGCCAGAGUUUGAGCAUAACAGUCAUUUUGGAGAUGAGAGGAUCAUUGAGGGAUUGGAAAGGUUGGGGAGGCUGGGGGAGAAGAAGAGACGGGGGAGUACAGUCACCAAAGAGGAUGUGAAGAAGGCGGGGGAGAUUAUGACCAAGAAGGAGGAAGGCAGUAAGAUGUGA